AUGGACCCUCCAGCUCCUGGUCUGGACCUGUGUCUGGAGUCGGACCACGGCUGUGAGCACAUCUGUGAGAGCACCCCGGGCUCCUUCCACUGCCGGUGUCUGCCCGGAUACUCUCUGAAUGACGACGGGAAAACAUGUGCAGCCAUUGACCUGUGUGCUGAGGAGAAACACGGCUGUGAACAGAUCUGCGUCAGCUCACCUGGUUCCUUCACCUGCGACUGCAACAAAGGAUUCAAACUGAAUGAGGACAAGAAGACCUGCACAAUGAUCGAGUACUGUUCGUUCGGGAACCACAGUUGUGAUCACGAGUGUGCGAGUGUGCUCAACGGCUAUCACUGCCGCUGUCAUCGUGGAUACAGGCUGCUGGACGACGGCAGGAGCUGCCAGGCAACAGACGUGGUGGACUCUCUGGACGUGUCGGCUCACGGUACCAGGGUGGGUCUGGUCCAGUACUCCAGCCGGGUCCGGACAGAGUUCCCUCUCAACAUGUACCACAGCGCUGACGAGAUCAAAGCUGCCGUGAUGAAGGUGGACUACAUGGAGAAAGGCACCAUGACGGGUCUGGCCCUGAAACACAUGCUGGAGACCAGCUUCUCAGAGGCCGAGGGCGCUCGACCCGCCGGCCGCAACAUCCCCCGAAUCGGACUGGUGUUCACGGACGGACGCUCGCAGGACGACAUCACGGAGUUCGCCAAGAAGGCCAAAGAAGCCGGUAUCACCAUGCACGCGGUGGGUGUUGGGAAAGCUGUGGAGGACGAGCUUCGUGAGAUUGCGUCGGAGCCUGUGGAGAAACAUUUCUACUACACCACCGACUUCACUGCCAUCAGCACCAUCGCUGAGAACCUCAAACUCAACGUGUGCCCAGAGGAGAGUCAGGGAGAGAUCGAGGUGAAGGACCCGUGUGCCUGUGAGAGUCUGGUGGAGUUCCAGCAGGCCACCAUGAGCAACCUGGAGCAGCUCACCAACAAACUGUCGGGGAUGACGGCUCGUCUGGAGCAGCUGGAGAACCAGCUUCUCUCCAGGAAGUGAUCCGAUCUUCAUCGCAGCGAGUGAACGAGACGUCACAGAGGAAGAGGAACAGAGUGAGGAAGAGGAGGGGCCCGUCAGAAACCUUUGUGGCCUUCAGUCGGUCCUCGUGAGGAAGACCUUCAUCUGAGCAACAACAUCACGUCAAACUAAAGCUUUCAUAAAACAUCAAACAAGACUUCAUUAUCGACAUUUAUUAUAAAUCCAAGAGAUCGUAGAACUGGUGUCAUUGUAACGCAUGUAAUAACAGUCACACUGUGAUCUAUGUACUGUAGAUGUUGUUAUUAGAUAUCAUCUCACUCUGUUCAUACUUGAUCUCUUCUGUCGUUUCAUGUCAUGUAUUUAUAGCAGAUUCUUUGUCUGCUUUUCUACACUAGAAUAAAAGUACAAAGUGUCGUUACCACUCCUAAUAUUAUAUAUAAAUUAAUAUAAUAAGACAAGAAGGGAAGUUCAGAUGUUUAUCACCACUGAGCUAAUCACUAUGGUGCUGAACACGUCCUUCAUCAUCAUCAUCAUCACCUGAGCAGCCUGUCAUCGUCCGCUCACAUCAGACUGCAGGAAAUAUGAAUCAUUUGGUUUCUCUCUUGUAGUUUUGUAAAAACAGAACAAAAUGUAUACUUCUUUGUAUUUUCUGUAUGUUUUUGUAUAUUUUAUAACAGCUGUACCUUUUUGUAUUUUUCUGAUCAAUCUCUGUAUUACAGCACAGACGGCAAUAAAAGAGUCAACUUUUU